GCUGUCGCCUCGGGCCUUAUUGUCUGCAGCAACUCUCCCGAAUCCGGAGAGGGAGGACUGGACUGCGCUCCCACUGGGAUUUGUCCAGAGUUCCGGCGGCAGCUGUGCCGGCCGCAGAGACUCCCUUUGUCCUCCCAGGACCUCCCUCUCUCCCUUCUCGGUGGCAGCUGUCGGGUGGCGCUGAGCCUGGAGCUAGCGUCCCAGUCCCUUUCAGCCUCUGACCCCAGAGUGAGUCCUUGGUGACUCCGCCUCUUCGCAUCUCAGCUCUGCGGACCCGAGAGCCCAGAGGCCGGAGACAGGAGCCCAAGGGGCUGUGAGCCAGUGGGAGCUGCCGGGCCCCGGCCCCAGGAUGGUGACGGGUCGGUCCCGGGCGCGCAGCCCUGGGAGCUGGCUGUUCCCUGGCCUGUGGCUGUUGGCUGUGGGCGGUCCGGGGUCGUUGCUGCACGCCCAGGAGCAGCCCUCUUGCAAAAAAGCCUUCGAUUUGUACUUCGUCCUGGACAAGUCCGGGAGUGUUGCGAAUAACUGGAUUGAGAUUUAUAAUUUUGUCCAGCAGCUUACAGAAAGGUUUGUGAGCCCUGAAAUGAGAUUGUCCUUCAUUGUGUUUUCUUCUCAAGCAACCAUUAUUUUGCCAUUAACUGGAGACAGAUACUAGAUUAGUAAAGGACUGGAGGAUUUAAAAGCUGUUAAGCCAGUUGGAGAGACAUAUAUCCAUGAAGGACUAAAGCUUGCAAAUGAACAAAUUCAAAAUGCAGGAGGCUUGAAAACCUCCAGUAUCAUAAUUGCCUUGACAGACGGUAAGCUGGAUGGCUUGGUACCAUCGUAUGCAGAGAAUGAGGCAAAGAAGUCCAGGUCACUUGGCGCUAGUGUUUAUUGUGUUGGGGUCCUUGAUUUUGAGCAAGCUCAGCUGGAAAGAAUUGCUGACUCCAAGGACCAAGUUUUCCCUGUUAAAGGUGGAUUUCAAGCUCUUAAAGGCAUCAUCAAUUCUAUACUAGCUCAAUCAUGUACUGAAAUCCUGGAAUUGAGUCCUUCAAGUGUCUGUGUUGGGGAGGAGUUUCAAGUUGUUCUGAGUGGGAGAGCAGUCACAUCCAGCAGUCAUGACGGCAAUGUCCUCUGCACGUUCACCGUGAACAGCACCUACUCGAAGAGUGAAAAACCAGUACUUGUUCAGUACAAUUCCAUACUUUGCCCUGCACCUGUCCUGCACAAGGCUGGAGAAACUCUUGAAGUUUCCAUCAGCUUUAAUGAUGGGAAGUCUGCCAUCUCAAGAUCCUUAACAGUCACAGCUACAGAAUGUUCUAAUGGGAUCGCAGCCAUCAUAGUGAUUUUGGUGUUGUUGCUGCUCUUGGGUAUCGCCUUGAUGUGGUGGUUUUGGCCCCUCUGCUGUAAAGUGGUUAUCAAGGAUCCUCCCCCACCACCUCCUGCACCAAAGGAGGAAGAGGAAGAAGAGCCUUUGCCCAACAAGAAAUGGCCGACUGUGGAUGCUUCCUAUUAUGGUGGUCGAGGAGUUGGAGGCAUUAAAAGAAUGGAGGUCCGCUGGGGCGAUAAAGGAUCGACUGAGGAAGGUGCAAGGUUAGAGAAGGCGAAAAAUGCCGUGGUGAUGAUCCCCGAAGAAGAGAUACCCGUCCCACCAAGACCGCCUCGACCCAAAUCCACACACCAGGCCCCUCAGACAAAAUGGUACACGCCAAUUAAGGGUCGUCUGGAUGCACUCUGGGCUUUGAUCAUGAAGCAAUAUGACCGAGUGUCCUUGAUGAGACCCCAGGAAGGAGAUGAGAGAGUUGAGAAGCGGAAAGGCAAAGAAAGAAGAAAGCACAGGACUAGUUUGGAGUUGUUCCACAAACCAAUUAAAUCCCCGAGGACCUCCUUGACAGUGUUCGAGGUUAUGUUAACCUUCAAAUGGCUCCUCGUCCGCCAGUGAGCAGACAACUUACACAUCCUACAGAAGAAUCUCAGAACAUGCUGUUCCAUGUUCAGAACUCAAGAGUUUCAUCUCUCCAGAUGGGAAAUUUAAGGUUCUUUGUUCAAAUGAAUGUGGAGGGUUUUUAUUUUUUCCAUUCAGUAAAACAGAAACCUAGGAAAUUAAAUUCACUUCAGUUUGUUUCUUAUUUAAGGACUCCAUACCUGUAGUGCCUCAAAACAAACAGACAUUUUUUUUUUCUCUUGGAGAAAGAAGACCCCCUUUUUAGCGGGAAGAAAUUUCAUCAAUUUGACUUUUACCAAAAAUGUUGCAGAAUCAUGAUCAUGCACAGGUGUAUAAAUGGGAUGGGUUAAAAUACCGGCCUGGCGAGGAAUUCCGGGCUAUGGCAAGAGAAUAAAGCCUGCCGUCGUGUGAAUUAUGCCACCAUCUAGUAAACUGGCUGCAUGAUCACCUGCUUGAGAUGGUGAGAGCCGCCUGUGCAAAUGUGUGCUUUGGAGCGAAGGAUUAGCCAUGGAGCAGGGCCUGGGAAUAGAAGCUGGAGCUGGUAAGGUCACUUCGGAUAGUAGAGACGGAAGCCGCACAGGUACAAGAGGCAUUUUAGGCGAAGCCAGACCUAGUAAGUGGAGAACACUUAUGAACUGUCCUGAUGUGCUUUGCGUUCUAUAAAAUGACUGAUGUCCCUUCUGACAGAACAUCAGUUCUCCAGUUUUUUAAAAAUUCAUAGCAAAACAAGACAAAAGGCAUCAAGAUCAUAAAGAGCGUAAAUUUGUUUCGAAGGUGCCGAAGAGCUUUGUAAUUGCAGAGGCCAAUGACAGAAGCCCAUCUUCAGUUUAUAUCCUGCCUGUCCACGCCCCUGUUAGCCCUGCUUCUGAAUUCCCAUGCUCAAACAAGCAGGCCUGACCCUUCUUGCAUCACAGCUUCUUCAGUGACUCCAGCGUUCUGAUGGAUCACUGUGAGCUGCCUGGUGUUCGUGAAUCGUGUGAUACCAGAUACUGUUCAGCCGCUCCAUCCUCAAACUGACCACCGCCUCCGCAUCAGGGCUUCCCACCCCCUGCUUUGGUUGUCUGCCAUGUUUGCAGUGUGAACUCUUGUGGAUUUUCUUGAGGAUGUUGAUCUCUUAAUCAAAUGGUUCUAUAUCUUGAAUGUUUUUGGUGCCUGGAUGUACACAGUUAAUGACUGCAACUAACUACAGCUUACAACCUGUGACUGGCACGCGCCUGAGUGAUAAAAUUCCCGUGAGAACAACCCAUGGCGGGAACGCGCCAUUGUUAUGGCGCCCCCACUGACUGCUACAGAGGUGCAGGUCUGUAUAGACAGGCGUUCAUUUGCACUGCGGUUGUAUAGAUGUAUCCAAUAGUACAGAACACAUUUACUUUUGAUGAAAGUCAUCAUCUUGCACUGGAGAUUAGCAUUCAUCGAGAGUGCUGUUUCAGUUCUAUCUCUUAGCUUAACUAAAACCACCUCUUAAUUGUGUAAUAAACAGGUGCGUGUUAAUUCACUCUGGUUUCCUGAAGUGAGAUGCAAGAUACAUAAAAUUCAAUUGCUUAAGUUACAAAACUAGAGGAAUAAUUUUUCUCUUCAGACCUUUUCUUUUUUAUUAUUAUUUUUUAGGACAAUCUUUUUUUUUUCUUUUUACAUAUCAAUCCCAGUUUCCACUCCCUCCCCUCCUCUUGCUCUUCCCACCUUCCCCUCACCCCAACCCCCAUCCACUCCUCAGUCUUCCCACGGGGAGUCAACAAAGAUGAAUUUUAAAGGAUCUCUAAAUCAUAUUUGGAUGCUUACUGAACAUUUUAAUAAUUGACAAAGAAAAAUAUUUUUCUUUAUCGUACAUAAUAUUAUACAUAAUGUUAGGAUAAACACCUCUUUUUAGAUUAACGUGCUGCUUUCAGAAAUACAAAUUUUCCUUCUUGUAUAAGCUCUGGCUGGCACAGUGAAAGAAUACUGCAAGAAGGGUCUUCACCAAGGAAGAGAGCACCAGUAGCCUGUCCAAUGACAGACAGCCCUUAAAACGUGCAUACAAGUAACAUUAUAUGGGAUAAACAGGUAUAUUUAUGAAUGCACGUGCAUAUGCCUGUAUGCAUGCAAUACCAAUAAAUGAAUGAAGAAGCUGUUUAUUUGAGACGUAGGGGGUAUAUGGAAGGGCUUGAAAGGGAAGGGAGAAAUGUAAUUAUAUUAUAAUACCAAACAUAAAACAAAAAUGUUUAGAAAAAGGCCAAAAUUGACCUCAGUGUUCCAGGACUGAACACAGUGUUUUCAUAAGCUCAGUGUGUGCUGAGAUGGGAGCAUCCUGAGAGCAUCCACACAGUCGUCCCUCCCAAAGGAGAAAUGACCUCACAGAGUUAUUCUUUAACAUUUUCACCUGCCUUUUUGUUUUGAGGACUUUGUAUGUAAGCUUUUAAAAACAGUACUUGUUUAUUAUAUAUGUAUGUGUAUGUGCGUGUGUGUAUGUGUGUGCACCUUAGUGUGUAUGUUUGUGCAUCACAUGCAGGCUCCUGGAGAGGCUAGAAGAAAGUUGUUAGAUCCUCUGGGACUAGAGUCGCAGGCAGUUGUGAGCCACCAGCUGGAUGCUGGGAACUGGACCAGGCUCCUCUGCAAGAGCAGAAGUGCUUUUAUCUGCUAAUCCAUUUCUCUCAUUUUAUUUAAUCUUAAUAUAAUUAUUAUAAAGGAGAAAUGCAUCUCUAAUCAAUCACUUCACAGAUUAUAUAACAAAACAUGUAUUUUUUCAUUAUGUUUAUUCAAUUUCUAACUUGUAGCUCAGAAUGCACUCUAAAAAGAAAGAAAACACAUUUUGAAGUAACUUACUAUUUAAAAAGAAUGUGUCAUGAUCAUCCCUUAAGGUCUUCCAGGCCUUAAGGUCUAGUGUAAAAAUUUUCACAGUUCAGUAAGGAAAUUGGUUUGAGCAGGAAGUUUUUAUUACUCCAUCUUUUUCUCUUUCCCAAAGACAGAUUCUUGCUGGGUCACUGUGAACUGGCUUGUACUCACUGUAUAUAGGUUUUGAAGUUGCAGCAAUCCUCCUGCCUCAGUCUCCUGAGUGCUAGAUUACAAGUGUGUGCCAGAAUGCUUGAGUGUCCUCUGAUUCUCAAAAGACCAUGUACUCACUUAAACGCAUUAUCUAAAUAAAUAAUGCUUUUAGGGACAGAGUCUUGUUUACUUUGCUAAGUACUUUAAGAUUAUAAUAUAAUUAUAUUCUCUUCUUUCCCAUCCCUUCCUUCAAGCCCUUCCGCAUAUGCCUAAUUCAUGACCUCUAUUUCAUUAAUUGUUACAUACAUUUGUGUAUGCAUAUGUUUAUGCAUAUAUGUAUUUCAAAAUACAAGUCUGUUCAGCUGUAGACGGAGACUGCUGUUUCAUUUCCUGACCGCAGAGACCCAAAUAAUCACACAGAAGCUAUAUUAAUUACAACACUACUUGGCCAGUAACUUAGGCUUAUUAUUGGCUAGCUCUUAUAUCUUAAAAUAAUCCAUUUCUAUUAUUCUGCAUAUCGCCACAAGGCUGUGGCUUACUAGAUAAGGUUAUAGCGACUGUCUCCACUGACAGCUACAUGGCAUCUUCUGACUCUUCCUACUUUCUCUCUAUGUCUCUUUUGGGAUUUUCUGCCUGGCUUUGCUCUGCUAAACUUUAGAUUCACAUGAUAUUUCUUAGCAAGCUUGUUAAUGUCCUGAAUACUAAAUAUGUGUCUUUCUUACAUACAUAUAUCUUAAAGACAUACAUGUAUACCUAAAUAAAAUUUAUACUCUAUAAUUUGAUUGGUUACUAUGCAUAUUUUGUUUUGAAUAAAAAUCGCAUAUUUGAAACAGGCUUUUAAAAUAAAGCUGCUUCCUUUUUAAAAUAAAUGCUCUACUAACAUAUUUCAUGGCACUAAUAAUUUCUCAUUUAUUCUGAAUUUGCUGUAUUUUAUGACGUACAUUUAGAAUCUUCCCAAGGGAAAAAUCAGACACACAAAUAAAUCCCAUUUAUACUUAAUCAUCUAACAGAGUUAGUAAGUCUGCAGAUUAUUGCAGUAGAAUAUUCAUAUAGCAUAUUUACGUACAUAGCAUACUGAUAAAAAUUGUAGAAUAAAAGGUGUUUUUUUUUCUCUUU